AUGUCCACACCAACCGUCAAGCUCUCCUCAGGCCACGCCAUGCCCCUCGUGGGCUUCGGCCUGUGGAAGGUCAACAAUGACACCUGCGCUGACCAAGUCUACAACGCGAUCAAAGCGGGCUACCGCCUGUUCGACGGUGCCUGCGACUACGGCAACGAAAAAGAGUGCGGCGAGGGUGUUGCCCGUGCCAUCAAGGACGGCCUUGUCAAGCGCUCCGACCUCUUCAUCACCUCCAAGCUCUGGAACUCGUUCCACGACGCGGACAAAGUCGAGCCCAUCUGCAAGAAGCAGCUCGCCGACUGGCAGCUUGAUUACUUUGACCUUUACCUCAUCCACUUUCCCAUCGCGCUGACAUACGUCGAUCCCUGGGAGAACGAGGGCGGGAAAGACAUCACUUUCGGCACUGCCACGAUUCAAGAGACAUGGCAAGCGUUCGAGAAGCUCCAAGAAGCCGGCCUGGCUAAGUCGAUCGGUAUCUCGAACUUCUCAGUCCAACUUAUCAUGGAUCUCCUCCGCUAUGCCAAGAUCAAGCCCGCCGCCCUCCAGAUCGAGCACCACCCAUACCUGCAGCAGGCCGGCCUGAUCAAGUUUGCCAAGGAGCAAGGAAUUGCCAUCACCGCAUACUCGUCCUUCGGGCCCGCCUCAUUCAUCGAGUUGGAUGUCAAGGAGGCGCAGGGUGCUGGACCACUGCUUGAGUCAAACGAUAUCAAGAAGAUCGCAGAGAAGCACGGCAAGACGCCUGCGCAGAUCUUGCUACGAUGGUCGACGCAGAGAGACAUUGCAGUCAUCCCAAAGAGCAAUGACCCCACGAGGCUGGCGCAGAAUCUCGACGUGGGCAGUGGCUUUGAGCUGGACAAGGGUGAUCUGGAGUAUAUUGGUGGGUUGGAUCGGCAUUUGCGCUUCAAUGAUCCUGUCAACUAUGGAAUGAACAUCCCGAUCUUUGUCUAA